AGCACCGGAGGCUUCUCGAUGCCUUUGUACCUUCUCAUUCUUCACCUAAAUUCGACAUGUUGAAACGAUGACAUAUCGCGGUAAAUAUAAUUUCAGUGGUAGUCGAUCAGCGCCCAGGAACAGUGCUCGCGCACCAGUCCCACAUCGUCAGAGCUGAGCCCAACAGGGGGCGGAAUGGGCACAGCCCUGGGGAGCUGUAUCAUCUUAUAUACCCGCCCACCUCCGCUGUUGGCAUCAAUUCACUUUGUGUCACCUUGCAAUCAUGAAGACUUCAUCUCUAGUGCUGCAGUUGGCUACGGCUUUGUCGCUUGCGGACAGCACGUUGGCAAACGCCAUAUACCAGGAGCCCUCCCUCGAAGCAGCCCGCGCCAUCAACGCGUGGAAGCGGGCAGCCCCGGAUGCACCAAACGGCUACACACCCGCGGCAGUGGAUUGUCCCUCCACGCGUCCUACCAUCCGCCUCGCGAACGGGCUCUCCGACGAGGAAACAUCAUGGCUCGAGAAGAGGAGGAGCAAUACUGUGUCUUCGAUGCGCGAGUUUCUCGUGCGGAUGAACAUCACCGGAUUCGAUGCUGGCGCGUACGUUGACAGCCACGCGAAGAAUUCGUCUGCGAUGCCAAACGUUGCGAUCGCGGUGUCUGGUGGAGGAUGGCGAGCGCUGAUGAACGGAGCUGGGGCUUUGGCUGCAUACGACAACAGGACGCCUAACGCUACCAACACUGGUCAAUUGGGAGGUCUGCUACAAUCUGCGACGUAUCUAGCCGGUCUAUCAGGAGGAGGGUGGCUCGUGGGCAGCUUGUUUGUCAACAACUAUACUUCGGUUCAGGACCUCAUCAACUCGACCCCAGAUCAAUCGGGAGACCUGUGGCAAUUUAGCAACUCCAUUCUCAAGGGACCGGAAUCUGGCGGGAUCCAAAUUCUCUCUACCGUUCAGUACUACGACGAUCUUUACGACACUGUGAAUGCCAAAUCGGAGGCACGCAACUUCAACACCUCUUUGACCGAUUAUUGGGGCCGUGCGCUUUCUUUCCAGCUUGUCAACGCAACGGACGGAGGUCCAGCCUACACCUGGUCCUCCAUUGCAAAUGACACAGAGUUCGCCGCAGGCAAUACUCCCCUACCCAUCCUCGUAGCGGACGGCCGUGCUCCAGGCGAGAUCCUGAUCUCUGGAAACGCGACCAACUACGAGUUCAACCCUUGGGAGAUAGGUAGCUUUGACCCAACUGUUUACGGCUUCGCGCCGCUAAGAUAUGUCGGCUCAAAUUUCACUGGUGGCAAAGUCGAUUCCAACCAGCAAUGUAUCGAGGGCUUUGACAAUGUUGGAUAUGUCAUGGGCACCAGCUCUUCCCUCUUCAAUCAGCUGAUACUGAAUCUCAACUCGACCGACGCUCCGCAACUACUGAAGUCCGUCAUCGCCAACGUGCUUACGGAUCUUGGUGAAGACCAGAACGAUAUUGCGGACUGGACACCCAACCCCUUCUACCACUUCAACAACAAGACAAACCCAAACGCCGCAAACAAGCGUCUCACUCUUGUCGAUGGCGGCGAAGAUCUUCAAAAUAUCCCGCUAAACCCUCUCAUUCAGCCUGUCCGCCACGUCGACGUUAUCUUCGCCGUCGAUUCUUCGGCCGAUACCACCGCAGACAAUGGUGCGGCCAAUUGGCCCAAUGGCACUGCUCUCGUCGCAACCUACCAGCGUUCGCUGAACGAGACCAUCGAGAACGGCACCGCCUUCCCUUCAAUCCCAGACCAAAACACCUUUGUAAACCUAGGCCUGAACAAGCGCCCGACCUUCUUCGGCUGCGACAGCUCCAAUUUCACCGGAGACGCGCCCCUCGUCGUCUACGUCCCCAACACGCCCUACGUCUACAACUCUAACGUCUCCACUUUCACACUCUCCUACAACAACACCGAGCGUAACGCCAUCAUUGAGAAUGGCUACGAUGUCGCCACGAUGGCCAACGGCACGCUCGAUGCGGAUUUCCCCGCCUGCGUGGGCUGCGCGGUGCUGAGUCGGUCUCUGAACAGGACAGGCACGACGGUGCCAGAUAUUUGCAAGACCUGCUUUACAAAAUACUGUUGGGAUGGCACGCUCAACAGCACAAAUCCCGGGAAGACCUUUGCGUCAAGUAAGCUAGUGCAGAUCAAGGUGUCUGCUGCUGGCACGUUCGUACCCAACGCGAUGGGAGCGGUCGCUGCGAUAGCAGCGGCUGUUUUCUUGAUGUUGUAGGGCUUUUGAGAAGCUGAGUAGUCACGAAAAGGGCAGGAUGGUUACGAUGGUUUUGAUGGGCAGGUGGUGUUUUGCGUUGACGGCGUUGGAUGGAGUAUCUAGCAAGUAUUCUGCGCAUCUGGGUCG